ACUAAAUAUCGGACGGAAACGCAGGCGAGGAAAGAAAGAAAGAAGAGAAGAGGAAGAAGAGAAAAAACCACAGAGAGAGAGAGAGAUUCAAACCUUUCAAAAUCCGAGGAAGCUUCCGAUUCAUGCGACCGGCUCUCUCCGCCUCUCCCCUCCUCCGAGAACCGCCGGCAAUGGGUACUUCGCUGUCACUCCGGUGCCAGUGAGACUCACGCGCCUCCGUUUUCCCCGCCCGGAGAUGGCCGAGAGACCGAAGCGGCCGGCCACCACGUCGUCUCCUUCCAGGACCUCAUACCGCCCCCGAUCGAGCCCCACAUAGUGCUCCCCUUGCGAUCGGCAACCGACGGGGAGAUGGCCGCCCGGGGGAGUUACUUGCUGGAGAAGCCGAGGAGGAUAGCCCGGACCGCGUUCUUCGUGGUGGCCAUGGUGGCCUCGCUCCUGACGUCUUCUCUGCCGCUGGUGGUCGCCCUCGGGGACGUCCUCGUGCCGUGCAUUCUGGUCUCGAGCUUCACCUGCGUCAGUUGUUACGGUUUCAAAGAGCAUCUUAGGAGAUACGCGUUCAAGAGCUCCUUGACGGACAUUCCCCUCGUUUCGAUCAUCAGAUCUCUCAUCAUCACCUGUGUUUAUUUGAUGUGCAAUGGAGCAGCACUCUCCCACGGGCCGUACCUGGGCACUGUUUCUCUGUGUUCGUUCGUUUCGAUUCUUCUCCUCUCCAUCAAGGCUUGUGUUUUCUCAAUGAAUUAUCAGAUUGAAGCUGAAGCUUCAUCGUAUUCAAUCUCGAGGCAAAGGCUCCAUUUAAAGAAGUCAUGGGGCAUGCCUGUCUUGUUCCUCUCUUCUGUUGUAUUCGCGCUAGGCCAUACCGUGAUCGCUUACCGGACAAGUUGCAGAGCAAGGCGGAAGCUCCUGAUUCACCGCAUGGAUCCAGAAGCAGGUCAUGAUUAUUUAUCAAUUUUGUACACUGUCCUACUUCUACAGGUUCUUUCAUGCAAAAGUGUCUUCUCCGGCUACCAUAAGGUUCCCAGAUCCCCCACUCCCACUUCAGGAAGAAAUUCAAAGAGUGGCAGUGAAAUGAGGCGGAAGGCUCUAGGCGCUGCUUUUGAUGAAGGGGAAGUCCCAAUCAGAGCACUAGCUGACUCAGACAGCUCUUUUAUAUUGUGUCAAGGGCUUGUGGUCCAUUACAAAAUAUCCUUGCCAUAUUCACCCCCUCAUUCAUUUCCCCUUUCAACCUUCGUUGAACCCAGUGUUGGUUGCAGCACACCGCACACAGCCAUGGGAAGGCUACAACUUGACAGGCAUCCCUUUAGUUCGUUGCCAGAUAUACAACAUAACCUUCAAAGGAGCUACAGCAUUCAAAUUAAUGGCUCAUCCCUAUAUGCCCCUCUUUUGGACGAUUCUGUAACUUCUCCAGUUCUUUCAGAAGACAUUCCUGUUCUCCAUCUGAAUGAUUAUAGUGAGGAGCCAUGCAAUUUGAACUCCUUUCCCCUUGAUCGAGAGAUGGGUGGAAGAGAUCAAUCUGGAAUUAUCUUAGUGCAUGGAUUUGGAGGAGGAGUCUUUUCAUGGAGGCAUGUGAUGGGGAUGUUAGCUCGACAGGCUGAUUGCCCGGUAGUGGCAUUUGACCGUCCUGGUUGGGGAUUAACUUCUAGGCUACGUCGGAAGGAUUGGGAGGAAAAAGAUCUGCCCAAUCCAUAUAAACUUGAAAAUCAGGUUGACCUACUCCUUUCUUUCUGUGUUGAGAUGGGAUUUUCUUCUGUUACUCUUGUUGGUCAUGAUGAUGGGGGCUUGCUAGCCUUGAAGGCUGCUGAGAGAAUCCAAGCAUCAUCAAAUUCUCACAAUGUUGCAAUCAAGGGGGUAGUUUUGUUAAAUGUUAGCUUAUCGAGAGAAGUGGUUCCUGCCUUUGCAAGGAUACUUCUACACACUUCGCUUGGAAAGAAGCACUUGGUUCGACCUCUGCUACGAACUGAGGUCACUCAAGUGGUUAAUCAUCGAGCAUGGUAUGAUGCUACCAAGCUAACACCAGAGGUUUUAAGCCUCUACAAGGCUCCUUUACGCGUAGAAGGUUGGGAUGAAGCACUUCAUGAGAUAGGGAGACUCUCGUAUGAGACUGUCCUCUCACCACAAAACGCUGUACUAUUGCUUAAAGCAGUUGGUGACCUGCCAGUGUUGGUGAUUGCCGGGGCUGAAGAUGCACUCAUACCUCUCAAAUCUUCUCAGUCCAUGGCCUCCAAAUUUGUAAAUUCUAGACUGGUUGCUAUAUCGGGUUGCGGUCAUCUUCCGCACGAGGAGUGCCCAAAAGCAUUACUUGCGGCAAUAGCACCAUUCAUAAGCAGGCUCUCAUCAUCUGAAACAGAAUCAGAGAACAAGUAGGACAAUUCCUUUUUCCUUGACUCAAUACGAUAGGGUUGGUAUUUAUUGUCGGGGGAUUUUUCCUGUAAUUUUCCCCUUUCCUUGCCCUCUUCCUUUCUCCUAGCAAUUAUCCGUGACGCAUAGAGAGACGAAGUUGUCUCCUCGUCCAGGGUAAUCUUCUUUUUGCCUUUUUUCUUCUUCUUCCUGCAUGGAUGUCCGUUUGAAGCGUCGCCUUAGGCCCUAGGUCUCCAGGGUUUAGAGCUCUCUCCAAUCUCCAUUGUACGUCACCCGCCCUGUAUUUUCACAAAUCCUUCUCUUAUUGCAACUUAAGAAAAGAUAUGAAUCCUAUCAAUUAUUGUAUGAACAGUAUUGGUUAUUUACUCCCGAUGGAGUGGGAAUUUGGCAUCACAACUUGUACAUUACGAAA